CUCUGGUAGAGUUAGCUGAAGGCGGGGAGUGGUAUACUCUGAAGCAAGUAGUUGCCAUGCUGGAAAAUAAUGCUGCCUCGGUGAUAUCACUCACAACACAAAAUCAAAAACUAAAAAUGUCAUUGGAUACCAAUAAAAAGGAAUUACAACAGACUUGCCAAAAACGAGCACUAGAACUACGCAGUUGUGAUCUAAAAGUAGCUUCUCUUCGCGAUAGUAUAAAGGACACGCUAUUCAACGCGCGCAUUCAGUUCGACUACGCCGAGAGAUGGCUCUGCGCGCGCGCCGAGUCAGUGGACCUGCAGUAUCAAGUGCGACCUGUCGCGCCGGCGCCGCAGCCCGACCACGAGCACUGCGUGCAUAAUGAGCUGUUGCGUGCUUAUAACUUGCAAAUUAAGGAAAGAGAAGACCUGCUUCAGUACUGGAAAACGCGCUACGCGACUGACACGGCCGACAUCGACGUCAAAUUGAGGGAUAAAUAUGAGAAAGUACGCGUCACUGUGGCUCGUCGCGAAGAAAUGGAAAAAUUGUACAAUGCACACGAAGGCGAGAUGCGCGCCUGGUUGACGUUCAAGAAAGAACGCGCGGCACGCCUCGCUCGUGAAGCAAAGCUGCGUACGGCGGCCACGCGCAUACAAGCGUGGUGGAGAGGCGUGAUGGUGCGACGGGGACUGGGAGUUUACCGCCAUCUGCGGAACAUUAAGAAGCCUGGAGCGAAGACAAAGAAGAAAUAA